AUGACUUCGGAUUUUGAUCCCGUUGCUGAUGCGAUGGCCUUGAAUAAGGCAAUGAAGGGUCUAGGAACUGAUGAGAAAGCCAUAAUUGAUAUACUCGCCAAUCGAACAUUCAAACAACGCAAGAAGAUUGCAAAACGAUACAAAGCGUCAUUUGGUCAAGAUCUUCAAAAACGCCUCAGUCAGGAGACUUCCGGAAAAUUCAGAAAGGUUGUCAAAAUGUCCUUCCUCGAUCGGGCGCAUUUGAAUGCGAAAGCCCUCUUUAAAGCUAUGGAUGGAAUGGGAACCAAGGAAUCUGUCAUCAUCCAAGUCCUGUGCACUGCCAGUAACGAGGAGAUUGCUGAACUGCGAGAUGCGUAUGAAAAAGCUCUUCGUCGCGACAUUGAGAAGGACAUUAUUAGUGAUUUGAGCGGAGAUUUCGAGAAAUUCAUUGUCGCUAUACUUCAAGGCGCUAGAGAGGAGGCUCUUGAUCGAGAUGCUGCCGCGGCUGAUGUGGAGGCUCUCUAUAAUGCUGGUGAAAAAAAAAUUGGAACUGACGAAGAAGUCUUCACUCGUAUAUUCGCCAGAAACAGCUAUGAGACGCUCAGGCUUAUGGAUGAACUCUACUUUGAAAAAGCUGGACACGGACUUCUAAAAGCAAUCGCUUCUGAACUCUCCGGCGAUUACGAGAAGGCCAUUACCACAGUUGUCAAAACGGCGUUUAAAAAAGAAGAAUGUAUUGCCGAUUUUCUGUAUGAAGCAAUGUCUGGCCUUGGUACAAAGGAUGAACAGCUUAUGCGACUACUUCUUGCGUAUUCAGAGGAUAAUAUGACGGAAAUUAAAGCAAUUUUCAUGGCCAAAUAUAAAAAAUCUUUGGAACAAAGGAUACACAGUGACACUUCUGGAGAUUAUAGGAAAUUCCUAAUUGCUCUCGUCAGUAAAUACUAA